CAGUCAUGUGACGCUUGAACUACAAAAUACUUCCCUCCCUAUGAAACCAGAGGAGAGUAUUCGCUUCUUUCGUGUUGGACUCUUUAAACGUCCGCAAAAGCGAUCAUGUUUUCCGUGUUAGUCGGUGCCGUGUUGUUGGCGGUGUCGGAGGCUCGGUACUCGGCGGACUGGACCAGUCUGGACUCCAGGCCGCUGCCCACCUGGUACGACGAGGCUAAAGUGGGGGUCUUCAUCCACUGGGGAGUCUUCUCGGUGCCGGGCUUCGGCAGCGAGUGGUUCUGGUGGCACUGGCAAGGGCAGCAGCCGCCGGACCAGACGUGUGUGGACUUCAUGUCCGAAAACUACCCGCCCGCGUUCAGCUACCCGGAGUUUGCUCCCCUUUUCCACGCACACUUCUUUGACCCCGCAGAGUGGGCGGACAUCUUCAGAGCUUCCGGAGCAAAAUACGUGGUGCUGACAGCCAAACACCAUGAAGGCUUCACCAACUGGCCGUCUCCCAACUCCUGGAACUGGAACUCGGUGGACACUGGUCCACACCGGGACCUUGUUGGAGACCUGGGGGUGGCUGUCCGCAACAGGUCCCUGCACUUCGGACUCUAUAACUCCUUGUACGAGUGGUUCCACCCUCUCUACCUGGCGGAUAAGAAAAAUGGCUUCAGGACGCAGGACUUUGUGCUGCACAAACUGCUGCCAGAGCUGCGUAACAUGGUUGUGAGGUACCGACCCGAGCUGAUCUGGUCCGACGGCGACUGGGAAGCACCGGAUACUUAUUGGAAUUCCACUCAGUUCCUGGCGUGGCUUUAUAACGACAGCCCAGUCAAGGACACUGUCGUGACCAAUGACAGGUGGGGGGCCGGCUGCUCCUGCAAACAUGGCGGCUACUACAACUGCGAGGACAAAUACACUCCUGGGCAGCUGCCCACUCACAAGUGGGAGAAGUGCACGUCGGUGGACACCCAGUCCUGGGGCUACAGACGGAACAUGAGAAUGAACGAGCUGAUGCCGCUUCCAGACAUCAUCGAGGACCUGGUGCGCACUGUGGCGCUGGGAGGAAACUACCUCUUGAACGUGGGUCCUAGUCCCGACGGGAUGAUCCCGCCUGUGUUCGAGGAGCGGCUCCGCGCCGUGGGCUCCUGGCUCAAGGUCAACGGGGAGGCCAUCUACUCCACUAAACCCUGGAGGGUGCAGAUGGAGAACACCACAGCUGUCGUGUGGUACACGUGUAAAGGCUCCAGUGUUUAUGCCACUGUUCUGAGUCAACCCUCCCAGUCUGUGCUGCUGCUACUGGAGCCCAAAACAACAACUGAUACAAAGGUGACCCUUUUAGGGCAGACCUCGCCUCUCUCCUGGUCACCUGUCAAACCAAAUACUGGGCUGACCAUCCUCCUGCCUGAGCUUCCCUCCACCCCGGCUCAGGCCUGGACUCUCAAACUGGACAAAGUUGUUUGAUCCAGAAACUCCACAUUCUGCAGGUUACUGAUUGAUUUUCAGGGUCAGAGUGGAAACCUUUCACACUUUUUUUUUUUUUUUUUCACAGUCAUCAGCCACACGAGGGCGCAAAUAUUUUGGUUUCAAAGGGACGUCUUCUGUGACUGACUGAAGUAAUGUGUGAAUUGAACAUAGUGAUAUGCAUUCAACUCAUGAUUUUAUGGACAAUUUCAUUCAGAUUUUUCAUUAUUUUAAUAAAAUGAAUGUAUUUCUUAUUUUCUUUGUGCUUCGCAUGACACCCCAGAUUUCCAUCAUAGUUCUGAUAAACGUUAUGAAGGUCUAAAUGUGUUUGAAGUAAUUCAGAGCUGAUUGGAGAGAGUUAUGAAGCACUUGUUUUUACAUGGCUCAUUGUAGAGAGAGAGAUAUGGGCUGAGUUUCAAUGUUGAUUUCAGUGAACAUCUCACUGUUUUUAAACAGAGAGCGCCACCUACUGAACAUUGCAAUUGAAGGUACUGUUUCAAUAUAAAUAAACAAAACACCUAUAUUCGCUUGUAGCUGCAGCAAAAUAAUGCAAGGCAAAUCCUACAAAUCUGCGCUAUUUUAAACGCAUAUUUUCUGAUAAGUCUAAAAUGUGAAGUCUAAAAUCUAAUGUGGAAAACGGAUAGCAAAAACCGCUAGAUAACAGUGAGGGGAUAAAAUGCUAUUUUGCUGCAGGAUGCUGACGCCACUGGCUCAAAAAUGUUUAAAACGGGUCUAAAAAAUGCAGAUCAGCGUGCGCCAUCUAGUGGACUCCAGUAGCGUGAGUUAUAGCAUUAUAAAACACAGAAGAAAAAAA